CGAUCUAAUUUUUUGCAGAUUACUUGAACCAAAAUAUAUAUGUUCCUAUCUCGAAGAACGGUCUAGAUGUAACACUACACACGAGCAAAAAUGCCACCCUUUAAGCUGUCGGAAUGAAUACUGCAGUAUCUUCCAAGCAGAAGUCUUAUGGGUCAGGGAAACUAGCAAGAUAGCUAGCAACGCAGGAAACGUCGAUAGCCAAGCGGCAAUUAAUGCAAUAAUCUCACAACGCAUUGCGUCCGAGAAUGUCCUUAGAAGCAGGAAUGAAGUAGAUAUAGUGGCUGCCGGAAAACGGCUGCAUAUAUACUGGGUUCCAGACCACAAAGGCAUCUCGAGAAACAAAAUAGCUGAUGAGAUUGUCAAAAUUGGUAUCCGCUUGACUACCGGACCAGUUCAGCAAAUACGCAAGUCGAUAAAAACGAAAGAAAACACGCAAGCUUUCUACUCACCCGGUCUAGAAAAUACUGCCGGAUGCUUGUUGGCCUAGUCACAGGGCACUACUUACAGGCAUCACAUGCGAGCCGUAUGGGUAUUAUUAACGAUGACACAUGUAGAAAGCGCAGGAAAGUAGGCAUGAAAGAGACGCCGGAAUAUCUCCCCUGCUUAUGUCAGACCUUAUCUGAAACUCUGCUUAGAUAUCUAGGAGCUUUACAGUUCAAGAGACUGAAUGAGAUAUCAGAAUUAUAUAUCCAGUCUCUAUUAAACUUCGUAAAAAGCGUUGACUUCCUGCAAAACGCAAACUUCAGCUCUUAUUAUUAAUGAACCUCCGUCUGACAUUACAAACGACCUGAGGGCCUAAAAUAUUUAUUGCGUCAGCCAAAAAAAUGCAAAUUUCAAAAGAUGGACUAGGAGACUGCUUUAGUUGUCAUCAAUACUGUAUAUGUAUACUAAAAGUUCCUGCCAUGCGUUCCUAUUGCAAAAUUAAAUUUUUUAGUGAUUAUGAUUCAUAACAUUAUAUUAUACAUAAAUACAUUUAUGUACCAAAUGUUCAGAUUUUGCUAUCAAGUAUUACCAAUUUAUUAGCAAAGUUCGAAAUUUGAUUCAGCAUGAGUAAUCUUCAUAUUAUCUCAUUUCUUACUUCUCCUGUGAACUUAUGAAAAGUUAACAUCACUUUAGUUACGUUAGUGUGAAUUGUAGGGGACAAGAUAUUCUCUCUCAUAUCUUAUCCAAUAAUAUUUAUAUUCGUAUAUUUGUAAGCCAAUUGUUAUUGAGUUAUUGAUUAAGGUGAAAUAGGAAACUAUAAAACUCUUAUUUAUAAGUCAAGCAACUCAGUUCAUUUAAUGCAGUGAAUUCGAAUAGAUCGCCAUGAGUUUAGCCGGCAAGGUUGUAAUUGUAACCGGCGCAAGUUCGGGCAUCGGUGCUGCGACGGCGGAGGCUUUUGCUGAGCAAGGUUCCAAAAUGGUGCUCGUGGGACGAAAUGAAGCCAAUCUGAAAGCUACUGAGGCAGCCUGUAAAGCUGCCAACAGCAAAGCCGAACUUCUCUCCAUAAUUGCUGAUGUCACAGUUGAUACGGAGCGCAUAAUAAACACGACAAUUGAAAAAUUUGGUCAGUUGAAUGUGUUGGUGAAUAAUGCCGGUGUGGCUGGCAAGGGUUCAAUUCUGGAUGUUGGCGUCGAUCAAUUUGAUCGAAUUUUUAAUACCAAUAUGCGAGCGAUCUUCCUUUUAACAAAACAUGCCGCACCACAUCUUGUAAAGACUCAAGGAAAUAUUGUGAAUAUUUCCAGCGUUACAGGAUUGCGCUCAUUUGCAAAUGGCUCAGUCUAUUGUACAUCCAAAGCUGCCGUGGAUCAAUUUACCCGUUGUAUCGCGUUGGAUUUGGCACCGAUGAAUGUGCGUGUAAACGCUGUCAAUCCUGGCGUAGUUAUUACGGAUAUUCAUAAGCGUUUAGGCAUGUCAGAGGAGCAAUAUGCUACAUUUUUGGAGCAUUGCAAGACUACACAUCCACUGGGUCGCGUUGGCGAUGCAAAGGAAGUUGCUGAUGCCAUUAUUUUCUUAGCUAGUGAUAGUUCGAGCUUUAUAACGGGUGCAAAUCUGCCGAUCGAUGGUGGUAGACAAUUAAUGUGUUCGCGUUAAUUAACAAUUUAAAUGUUAUUUAUGAGAUAAUAAUAAUAUAUAAACAUGUUGUAUUUGUUUUUCAAUUA